AGAAUCGUGUCGAGUCGAGUUCCACGAAUUCUAGGUUAAUGUCAAUGCCAAAGCAUUAAUCGGAACUGGUUUUGCCUAGAGCGGGCUUUUUCUAUAUAAAUAUAAGAGAUGCGUGUCGGCGCACAUUGUGCUCCAUUUUCCAAGUGGAUGACAGCGAAUAAUAAUGAAAAUAUUGAAGCUGCGUUUGCUGUGCUGCCUGCUAAUCGGAGUUUUGUGGCAUGCCGUCAAGGCAGACGGCACGCCCACCUGGCAGCCGCCUACAGCGGAGGCAGUGCAGCACAGUCUGCAAAGCUGCCAGGCGCAAGCAGCUGGCGAGGCGGCAAACACGCUGAGAUGCCUGACAAAGCAGCUGGGUCUAUGGACGGACGACGACGGCUUCAAGGCGAAACGCAUAGCCCACAUGUUUGCGGAGCGCCAACAAAUGGAGGAAUUAAUCGUGGUCAUCGACUACUGCAACAAUAGAGAGCAACGCAAGGAGCAGCCUGCACAGUGGGCCUAUGCGGCGUACAAGUGUGCGACAGGAGGGAGAUUUGGUCGGUGGAUCGAGGAAUACAUGAAUAAUAUCAAAUAA